AUGGUUGCUUCUUUCUCAAUCACCCGUCCGAUUUGCCGGAAAUGGUUUGCCGGAUUAUCGAAUUAUCCGAUGGUAUGGAUGACUGGAUCUUGUUCUUUUCGCAGGUUUAAGUUCAACUCUUAUCAGAUAGGCAUGAGCACGUUGGCCGAGCCGAUGUUCUCGUCUUCAACGAGACAAAACCCAUCUUCCUCGUCAUCUCCUUGGCUUAUGCUGCCGCUCGCCACUGUCGCCUCCGCCGGCAUCAGCUACAAGUUCUACAGCCUCGCCGACGAUAAAAUCGUAACCCUCGGUACAGGAAAAAGCCGCCAUGAAAGAGAAUUAACGCACCCGCGCAUGCGUUUCGCGGGAUCUUCACACGGCUGGCUAGCUUUGUUGAGCCGCAGCCUAGAUUUGUUUCUCUAUAAUCCCAUCUCCGGUCGCCAUAUCGACCUCCCUUCGGUUCGCGACCUGCCCGAAUCCCCUGCUGGCUCGACCAUAACAUACAAGGUCAUACUCUCGUGCUCCCCGGACAGACCAGAUUGUCGGGCCAUCGUUUUGUACAACAGCAUGUGUGCGCUGGCUUUCUGCUGCCUUGGGUUGAGCAAGGAGUGGACCCGUAUCGGCGAUGACCACUGGCUCGAUGAAAAAUUGGGCCGGCCAUUCCGCAACGGCUAUUGGGAUUGUGUCUACUCCACGAGACACGAAGCGUUGUUUAGCCUCACGAGACAGGGCGUGUUGGAAUCUUGGGAUCUUCGGGACCCUCGUUCACCGAGGGCGAGGGCGGUGAAGAUAGCCGAGGUUAGACCCGAGGGACGAGUUAGUAUUAUGUACCGAAAAAGCUAUGAGAAAGAGGAGAAUCACUUGUGGCUAUCGUGUGAUGCAGUGCAGCAUCUGGUAGUGGCUGGGAAGGAUCUCUUCGUGGUGACUCAAUACCGUGCUGGAUGUUUUGAUUUUGAUGGGUUGUAUGUUGGAUGGAGUGAUCAGAAUACCUUCGCUGGAGGCCCUCCGUAUGUGACUGUUGAUUUCGAUGUUUAUAAAUAUGAUCCUGAAAAUCAGGAUGUUAAGUACGUCAACUCGUUAGAUGGCUUGGCGGUUUUUGUUGGCUACCACAACGAUGCAUUUGCAUUGCCCGCGGCAGAGUUUCCAGAGCUCAAACCCAAUUGCAUUUACUUCACGAAUGCAAUUGAACCAUCAAUGAGUGCGUAUAUACCGACGAGAGGCCAAGACAUCGGCAUUUUCGAUUAUAAAAACAAGACCGUGUUGCCAUGCUAUUAUCCGUUUGAUGACAAGAACAUGAGAGAGAUUUUCCCAACUCCUACUUGGAAGAUUGAGGUUUGCUGA